UUAGCCCGUCCACAAUGUACGGGAACGGGAGUCUGUUUUGUUGCAACGGCCGCCUGUUUUGUUGCAACGGCCGCUGUCCUGCACUCCUGCUCAAGGUGCAGAGGACGGUGAAGGGGAUGCGGUGGAAGACGCUGCUAGCAAACCAUGAGGACGGCCCCAACGUGCCUGAGAAGGUGCUCUUCGCUGUCAAGCGGUACUGGACAGCCGCCGGCGAAGGCACGGCAGCAGAGGAGAAGACGCCGGGCAGCUCUUCAGUAGCAGGUGAUGGAGGUGGACGGCUGGCUGCUUUCAGUUUGUGUCGCCUUUUUCAGAACGCUUGAUAGAAGUGAGGAUUUAUGUUUAGAGCGUAGAAGAUCUAGAAUUUCAGAUGCUUUGGGUUUUUGCAAUUUUGCAGUAGUUUAUUUCCUUU